AUGGGAUUCAUAUUGAUAUCUAUGGAAAAUGUAAAUCAAUUUAUCAUUCACCUAUUAUAUCUAUACCAUGUCAAAAAAGGUUCAUCAGAAUGUGAUACAUAUAUUACAGAAAAAUAUUGGAUACAAGGUCUGACUGGGCAUGCUGUACCUAUUGAUUUAGGUGCAACAAAAGAACACUACAAACGUAUUGCAGUACCUAAUUCAUAUAUUCAUGUUGAUGAUUUUCAAACAGUUGAAGAUCUUGCUAAAGAACUUCAUCGUUUAAAUAGAAAUGAUUCGGGUUAUUCGAAAUAUAUAUCAAAUCAAUAUUCACCGCUAUCAUUCAUGAAUAUGCAUUCAACACUGUGCCUACUGGAUCACUAUCGAUAUUUACAUUUCAUGAAAGAAAAUAAUCAAGAAAUAAAUUAUCCAUUGAGAACGAUUAGAAAAAUAUUUCGUAUAACAAAUAUGCACUUACCAAAUUCUAAUCGGACAGCAGCAAAAAAAAAUUUAAUACGUAUAUAA